AUGAAAAUAAAGGGAAAUCAAAUUUUAUUUGUUCUUAAACAAAUAAAACGACGAAUAAAAUUUGUAAUUUUAUUUCUUGUAAUUAUUUUAAUAAUUUCAAAAGAAAAUUCGUCAAAAGAAGAAGAAGAAGAAGUGAAUAUAAAAAAUGAUUCGUGGAUAAUAUUUUAUCGUAUUAUUGGAAAUGAUUUUGUUUCAAAUAAUUGUUCAAAUGAAACAUUAAUUAAUUUAAAAUUUAUUCUUCAAUAUGAAUUUUCAUUUAAAAAUGUGAAAAAGAUUUGGAUACUUAAUCGAAUUGUUAAUAAAGAAUUUGAAGAAAUCUUAAUAAAUAUAUUAAAUUCAUAUAAUUAUUUCUUUAUUCGAAUACCUUUUCAUUCAGAUGAAUAUUAUCGUAUACCAUAUUAUAUUCCAUUGAAUUAUCCAUCACAAGAAUUUUUUUAUUCAAAUAAUUUUUCUAAUAUGUCAUCAUUAGAAAAACUUCAAUUAGUUUAUACUAUUUAUCAUUAUAAAAAUUUAUAUGCAAUUAAUAGAAAUGGAGCAAAAAAUUUUGCUUUAAAACAUGGAAAACAAGAAAUGAAUGUUAAAUGGUUAAUGCCAUUUGAGAAAAAUUCAUUUUUAUCAGAAGAAAAUUUUAAUAAAAUUCUUCAUAUUAUUAAGAAGAAUUCUUCAAUAGAAUAUCUAAUUAUACCAAAUCAUAAAAUUAUAAAUAAUAGUCAAGUAUUUUAUUUAAAUCAAUUUCAAAUCUAUGGAGAACCUCAAAUUAUCUUUCGAUAUAAUUCCAAAAUUGAAUAUUUACAAACAUUAACAGAUGAACAAGAUUCAAAUGAAGAAAUACUUUCAUAUUUAGGUAUGAAAAAGUAUUCAUUGAAAAAAUCUCGUUGGGGUUGGGAAGAAAAAGAACGAGAAGCAUUGAAUAUUUCAAAAGAUAAACAUGAAUAUAUUUUUCAAAAUCAUACUUUUAUUUUUCAUCUUUCUUCAUUCAAUAAAUCUAUUGAUGAACAAUCACUUUAUCAUCGAACAUGUAAUCAUUAUCAACAGACAUUAUAUUUUCUUCAUAAUCUCGAUUUAAAAAUUAGUUCAAUUAAAUUACUUCCAAAUCCACAAACAAAUUCAGAUCCAUGUGCAUUUUGGUCUGAUAAAAAAAUUGAAAAUAUUAUUAGAAGAGCGAGAAAUAUGAUCAUAGACGGCAAAAAUUUAGAACCAGAAUAUCAUUGA